AUGUCGCGCUACACCGCGGAGCAAGUUACUGGCUGGUUCGGGACGGUGCUUUGGUGCAUCCAGCUUGUCCCGCAAGUCUACAUGAACUACCGGCGGAAGACGACCGAGGGACUGUCGAACCUGCUCUGCGUCUGCUGGAUGCUUUCGGGAGUUACGCUCGGCAUCUUCGCCAUCGUCGAGAACAUCAACAUCCCAAUCAUUGUUCAGCCACAUUGCUACGGGAGCCUAUGCUUCCUAAUGCUCUGCCAGAUGUUCUACUACGACCGCAAGUGGCAAUGGUACGCCGCGGCCGGAGCCUUCGGAGCGUACGCUUGCGCGGCGGCCGGGUUCGAGGUCGGGAUGGUCUACGCCAGCAGGGCCGUCGAAGACCGCGGUAGCAACGGCCUCACGAUGCUCUGGGGCAUCCUCUCGGACGUCUUUCUCGCCGUCGGCUUCAUUCCGCAGUUCAUCGAGAUCUACAAAGCGCGCGAGGUCUACGCCCUCUCGUACACCUUCCUCGCAAUGGACUCGGCCGGAGCGGUGUUCUCGAUCGUCUCGCUGGCGAUGAAGACGACGUUCGACGGGAUCGCUUUCACCGGCUACUUGGUCGUCCUCGUCCUCGAAAUCGCCAUCUUCAUCCUCGCCCUCAUCCUCAACCCGCGCGCCCGUCGACGCCGAGCAGCAGCGGAAAAGAAUGGCGGCGUCGAGGUGGGCGAGUCAACGCAGAUCGCGCCCGAGGCGAGCGAGUCGGGCAUGCCUUUGCCGUCGGAGAAGGUCGUCGAGCGGGGUCAAGGGGCGAAGGCGGGCGCAAGGGAGCGCAAGGAGGUUGAACGGCAUGAGACAGUGGAGAGCGGGAUGACGCUGACGGAAGAGGGGCGGGUGGGCGAGGAGAAGGCGCAUGUACAGGCGCGGGCGCAAGGAGAAGAAGCGGUAUAG